UGCCCCUUUGAUUGUGUAUUUAUAUUGAAAACUUUAUUGUUUUGAUUGUUGCAAAUGGCACAAUCAGGUUGUAAAUAUGCCAUCCAGCAUCACCAAGUUCAAGGAUGUUGAAAGUCUCAUUAACGGGAGCAAGAUGGAUUGCACACAAUAAGUUGAUCCAGCACGUUCAAGUCACAGUGCGGCAUCUCAAUGUGCAGGAGACAGCUGCUGCUCUUCGUCCAUUCUACUUUGUGGUGCAUCCAGAUCUGUUUGGAAAAUAUCCAAGAGAGCGGUCUGUGAAUGAGGAGUCCCUGAAACGAUUACACGAAUAUAUCACCUGUCUGCAGAGGUCAGGGUCAGCUCAUCCAACUGUGCUUCAGUUCUUCUUUCGCCCGCAGCAACUUCCAACAGAGAAACCUGCUCUACAAAGUGUGAACAUUUCGUUGGCAUCCCGUGAUGUACGAGACACGGUUAAGACAGUUCUCAGCUCUCUCCAUCUCCCCCUCGACUAUCUCAGCUCCGUGCCACUCAAAGCCUCCCCAGCCAGUGGUCAGCCUGACCGACCAAUCGACUGGCAUCCGUCCUACUAUGCAGCCACAGGGAAACAAGAUCCGAGGGCAAGGCCUUCAAGUACUAUCGACAUCUCUCUCAGAUCAUGGCUGUUGAAAAAUAUAGAGAAGUCGCACAGUUUCCUGGAGUCUGUUCAGUCGACAAAGGAGGACAUUGACAGAAUCUGCAGCGCUCUACAGGUCUCCAUCGGGCUGUCCGACAUUCGCUGGGAGAGUGUGUGGGGCUUUAGCCAUUUCAGGGGAUGCGUCAAAAGUUUCUACAGACUUUAUACCGAACACCCAGAAAGAGUUGGGGGUAUUCUCAAAGGGCGUUCUCUGGUGUUCAGUAACAGUACGGGUGUAUCUGUCCACGGAGACAUCAUUCUCAGCAGUGAAGACGUUCCUACCUACUGGAUGACGCUGUUGAUGUCGGUGAGGUCGUACGAGGCGGUGUUGGAGAGGUUGCCGCUGAUGGAGGAGAAGCUGUCACAGCUCCUCAAUAACAUCCAGAUCGUGCGCCGGAAACGGAAGCAUCACCUCGUAAUGGCAGAAGAAUAUGAGUUGUUGCUGAACAAGCUCCUCAACUCCCUCCGGCGAUGUCAGGAUGCUGCCAAGACGAAGCUGUUCAACAAUGACCUCUCACAUCUGCAGCUGGUGGUGGAGGGAGAGUCUGGUCCCCUGGCUCUGUGCCCUACUGGUCAGUUCCUGGUCCCAGCAUCCAUCCCUGGCUCCAUCCUGAUUGACUACAUCGCCAAACACAAGCAAGAGGCAGACAAGAUCAUCAGAGACAUGGAAAGUUGUCUUCGACAGGAACAGGAAGUUGUAACAUUCUGCCAGGCUGAACUAGAGUUAUCUGCCCUUUCCAAGGAUGAGUCUGUGACUCCCCAGCAGAUGGUUGACUGUUGUCAGAAGCUGGUUGACGAGGCGUGGCUGCUGGGCGUGUCACUGAAGGGGCUGUGUCUGCGUGUGUCACACUUCUACUCCGUUAUGCAAGAUGGGGAAAUCUGUAUUCCUUGGGACUGGAAGAGCAGCUCACAUGAUUGAUAAUGACGGAGACCAUACAGGGAUUUUCUUCAACCUACAAAACUGGGGGUCCAAGGGACCCCUGAUAAUUAACUCCAAGGUCCUUACAGGAAAUAUUAGGCAGUCGGAUAGCCUAUUGGUUAAAGCGAUCGCUCAUCGGGCGAAGACCUGGGUUCGAUUCCCGACAGUACAAUGUGUGAAGCCCAUUUCUGGUGUCCCCCACCGUGAUAUUGCUGGAAUAUUGCUAAAAGCAGGGUAAAACCAUACUUACUCACUUACAGGAAAUAUGAAGAUCCUGUAAAGUAAUCAAGUGGUGAAGUGUUUUGUAGAUUUUGAUUAUUUCUUUAAUUACAGGAACUUUAUAUUUCUGGUCAAGAAUUUGUCACGAUGAAUAUUAUUUUGUGUCCCUUGGGACGCAACAUAUUCUUCUUUCUGCGUGGAUUCUAUACAGUUGUUUGUACUGGGGUGAACAUUUCUACAUUGCGUAAAACCUUGGACCAUAUACAAAUUUCGAAAACAGCAUCUGCUCAUAUGUAAUGCAACAGGACAUCCUGGUGUAUCAGUUCUGCUCAUUAGCACAGCGGUGAUCAUUAAUGAUAAGUUACUACUGAGGCCUUUGCCACAUUGUCUUAGAGCUGAGGAAACAACUGAGACCUCCAUAUGCUUGUAUUGCUUCACUCGCACUUGUUAAAUCACUUAGGCUAAAAAACAAAAUAGUCUUGGUUUACAGGUACCGCCCACAUCAUCUUAAAGUCUGCUAGAUAAUUAUCAAUCUGAUGUGGUCGUAGCUAAUGCAUUUUGUGAAAUGAGUGGUAUGGAUACAGAUCGAAGGAUAUCAGGAAUCAUAUCAUUGACUCAUGAUGUCAAUCACUGGCUUGUCUGGUCACCAUAAAUGCCCAAUGCGGUAAAGAAUAUGUAAGAAAACUGUUUUAGGAUAUGGGACUGGGUAAGCAUUGGUCUUCAGCAACCCGUUCUUGUCUAGUCAGUCUCAGUUAUUUACAGACUGCCGUCAUAUACCGUAUUUCUACAUUCUACAUUUUGACUUGUCGUAAGAGGCGACUUACAGGAUGCCUAGAUCGAUGCUCAUGAUAUCAAUCACUGGAUUGUCUGGUCCAGCCUCGAUUAUUUACAGACCGCCACCAUAUAGCUGGAAUAUUGCUGAGUGCGGCGUUGAACAACAAGUAAACAAACAAACAUUGAGUUUAAUUGAUGAAUAUUUCAGAUGAGGAUUGGUGCAGUGUGUGAUUGUAAAGUGACUGCCUAACCAGCAUUGAGGCAUUUCCUCGUAUCCCAAUCACGUAGAUCGAUACUCACGAUCUCAACCAGGAUUGUCUGUUCAAGACUGGAUUAUUUACAGCGAUUAUACAGCUUGAAUAUUGCGUGUGGUGUCAAACAACAAAUAUUAACGACCAGAUGUAGAGAGGGCCAAGUCAAAUUCAAUGUCAAACUAGAACCAAGAAUUUAAAAGCAAAGGGUCCAACUUAAUAUUUUUCAAUGUAUAUUGUAUGUUUGUUAGGCUGCUAAUAACAGGUUCACAAAUGUUUAAAAUGGGGGCGCUCCCAUUGACUGUUAAUAUUCAUGGGCGGAUACAGCUUUUUUUAAAAGGGGGGGUGCACAAUUAAGAUCUAUUUAUUGUCUUUGGUGAUAAUUUAUACAGAAAUAAAGAAAUUUUUUUAAAUAAAAAGGGUGUGUGCACCCCCGCACCCCCCCUCUGUAUCCGUCCAUGAUAUGCUGUGACAUUUUUCAAGAAAAGAUUAUGCAGUAAUCCAAAAAAAAUGCAAAGUAUUACAAUCUUAGAAAUAUAAUCUACCCAAGUAUAUUUAAUUGGAAAUACAUUUAUAUAUAUAUCCCCUGUAUAUUGAACAGCUACAGCCAGUGUUGCUACACCCAUGAUGUUUACACACUAUAAAUGCAAAAUGCAGUACAGAUUAUGUAUGAUAGGGCUGGGACGAGUCCAAGUUUACUGCUCUGGUACCUGACCCCCUAUUACCCGACCCUACCUGGGUACCUGACCCCCUAUUACCCGACCCUACCUGGGUACCUGACCCCCUAUUACCCGACCCUACCUGGGUACCCACUUAAGAUGUUUGAUUCGGAAUUGUUUUACCGCAGCCCUGG